AUGUCGAGAAUUCCAGAGCUUAACUCUCUCUUCGCAACGUUCGCAUCCCAUCUCCAAGCCAGAGAUCCAACCGCCGACGAUGAAGUAGACCUGUCAGCUGCUAAUCUCAACCGUACACUCAACCUGAGUGAGGCUCCUAGAGUUCGCGUUCUGGACACCGCCCUCUCGCUCAUGGGCUUUACUGCUCCUCAGGUCUACGACUAUGGAAUCGAAUUUACAUUGAGAACAAUUAUUGCUGUUUUGCGUUCUUCAAUUGAGUGUAAGGUGCUGAAAGUCGAAGAAGAGCAGGUUCUGAGAAUAGGAGGAUUAGUUUCGAAACGGGACUGUGUUGAUGUUAUGGAAUGGUGUAUCGAUAUUUUGCGGAAAUUGAAUGGGCACAAAGGUGAUCUUUGUGCUUCACUUUCGUAUUACGUUGUCCGAAUGGCAGCUCUGGCCUGCAGAUCUGCAUCCGAUUCUAAUCUCAAAAUGAACUUGAGUGAUUCCAGCACGUUUGCUCUUGCAAACUUAGUCGGCUGUAUGAUUAAUGACUCUACAUUUGAGAAUGGCAAAGUACCUUUAAGGUUGCUGCUAUGGCAAUUAGAUCCAAUUAUUCUGAAGCAAGACAUAUCUAAUUUUCUGCGAGAAACUAUGGAAAGGCCAUUUUUUUCUUUGAGCACGGAAAUUUAUGGUAGGACAGAGUGGAAAUCAAUAAUGAUUUGUCUUGUAAUUUCACCUCCUAUGUUCAUUGAGACGAGGGCCUUGUUGCAUAAUUGGUUCCUAAUGACGGGUUUGGCUUCUAUUAUGGAACUUCAGACUGAGUUUGUCGUGCAAUUGCUUGAUAUAAUCUCCAGACCAAUGCGGUGGGAAAUAUCCAUGGAGAUUGGAUCAAAGCUGCCAUUCUCUCAUGCCUACUUUCCGCACGAACAUAGCCUAUUAAGAACUUUGGCUGGACCUAUAUCCCAGGAACAUAUUGAGCUACUGCUUGCUAAGAUAUGUGGCUCAGAUUCUCGUUCUGGAGGCAGGAAAACCACAACAAAGAUCGGUAUAGUAGAUCAUAAGUCCACGUGGGCCAUGGUGAUGAACUUCCCUGGUUGGUUCUUUUUUGCAUCUAUGUUGCUCUUCUCAUAUAUCGGUCAGAAAGAUAAAACUUGUCCUGCAAAGUUUAUUGCAUGGAUUCUGGACCCCACAAGCAAAUCUAGUCAACGGCAGGCUGUUGACUGCCUCGUUAAAGUUACAGAUUUAUGGGCUCUCAAGUGCUCCAGCUCAAGUGAAAAAAAGAAUGAGGAAACAAGUAUUCAUAAACCUGCUAGGAGGCUUAAAUUACAAAGUAAGAAUGGAUUAACUUCCCAAGACCAGGAUAUUUUGCCAGUUUCUCUCUGGCUCAAAGAAUUUCAAGACACUUAUACAAAAAUUGAUCUUUUGACUUCAAACAGCAAAGGAUUCAUCGUCCAACAAAACCUAUUAUUUCGGAGGAUUCCAUUAGGAAUCUUGCUUGCGUGUCCUAAUCAUUUGGGCGAUGCAUGUUGUUCCUUGCUUUUGCAUUAUGCUGCUACUGGUAAUCUACCGAAAUCCAAAAACAUGCCAAAUCAUGGAAUGAGCCAAAAGAGAUGGAAGAAUGAUGUUGAGGGGGACCCAUUGAGACGGAUCGAACUGUAUACUAAGCCAGAUGCUAUUGCGGCGUGUAAAACGGUCUUUGAUAUAACAGAUAUAGCUGAGAUUAUUGCUCAAUCUAUGUUUCAGAGUGAAGAUGAGGGACUAGAUUUUGUGUGCCGGUUGAAAUUGAAGAUUGGCUAUUAUCUGUUGAAGUGUGUGGAUAGGAUACUUCAGAUCAAGCUUGACGGAGGUGGGCCCCAGAUGAAAAGGGAUCUUCUUGCUAGAAUAAUCAAGUGGAAACAUCAGGGGAAAAUUGUGUUUGAAAACAACAAGGAUCUGGAUCGUCUAUGUGAUGCUCUUAAUUGUGGAAACAGAUUCCUUCCGAGCUGA